GAUCAUUCUUGAUUUUGAAUAUAUAUAUAUAUAUAUAUAUACAUAUAUGUAUGAUGAGCUGCAACGGGUGCCGGGUACUACGGAAGGGGUGCGGAGAGGGUUGCUUGCUUAGGGUUUGCUUGGAGGGGUGGGUCGACGGGGCGGAGGCGCAGGGCCACGCCACGCUCUUCGUCGCCAAGUUCUUCGGCCGCGCCGGUCUCUCCGCCUUUCUCUCCGCCGUCCCCCUCUCUCAUCGGCCCGCGCUAUUUCGAUCGCUUUUGUUCGAAGCCUGCGGGCGCACGAUCAGUCCCGUCGGCGGCGCCGUGGGGCUGCUCUGGGCCGGCAACUGGCAUCUGUGCCAGGCCGCCGUCCACGCCGUCCUCCGCGGCGAGUCCAUCCGCCCACUUCCAGAGGAUCUCGCCGCCGCCGUAGGGAUCGAAGAGACGUCGUCGUCACGGCAAUGCGACUUGGAUCUCUAUCUCACGCCGAUGUUGCCGGCGCCGCCCGCGAAAGAGGAGAAGAGGCGGCAGAGGAAGAGGCUGCGGACGCCGUCGGUGAACUCCGAGGGCUCGGUGACUGUGAGUGAAAAUGGAGGAGGAGGAGGACCUCAGCUUUUGAAUUUGUUUGUUUGAUGCUAAAAUUUUUGAAGACAGGAGUGUUUGUGUAGUGUUGUGCAGUUGCUGCGUGUGUUAAUUGAGUUUGAUAUUCCAGUGGCAGUUUCCUGCGGCCGGAUCGAGGAUGACCCGUUUAUGUUAAAUGAAUGAAUUUACAUUUGCAUCUAUACUUGGAGAUAAAGAAAAGAAUAAUUUAUUUGGUAUAAAA